CGUAAACAUUUUAAAAUGAAUUAAAGUACGGGUAGCAUAUAUGUAAGUAGGAACCAAAGUUUCUGCGCAUAUCAGAAACUCCUGAAGCUAUCACUAAAAUGAUUAUUAAUAGUACAAACGCAACUGGAAAUAGAACCUACAAUGUUCCAGCUUUGUUCAAUAUCGGAGUUGAAGAUAGUAAUUGGAUUAUUACCAGUUCCUUUAUGAUUUUCACUAUGCAAACUGGAUUUGGUAUGCUUGAGUCUGGAUGUGUUUCCAUCAAAAAUGAAGUUAAUAUUAUGAUGAAAAAUGUUGUGGAUAUCGUUCUGGGAGGUUUAACGUAUUGGGCGUUCGGAUUCGCAAUGUCUUUCGGUCGAGCAGAUUUAAAUAAUGGAUUCAUUGCUCUAGGUGACUUUUUCAUAGACCCUACAAACGACGACCCUUUCAAGGGGUCCGUUUACACCGCUUUCAUUUUUCAAUUAUCAUUCGCUACUACAGCCACUACCAUUGUUAGCGGUGCCAUGGCAGAAAGAUGUAAUUUUAAAGCUUAUUGCAUAUUCAGCUUCUUAAACACUAGCGUCUAUUGUAUUCCGGCGGGAUGGAUUUGGGGCGAGCACGGGUUUUUGAAACGACUGGGGGCGGUGGACAUCGCAGGGUCUGGUGUUGUCCACUUAAUAGGCGGAAGCGCAGCGCUGGCCAGCGCUUUUAUGUUGGGCCCUCGUUUAGGACGAUAUGAUAACGGAAUAAAGCAAUUGCCUUUAGGGAACCCUGUAAACGCUGUCAUGGGAUUGUUUGUUCUUUGGUGGGGAUGGUUGGCAUUCAAUUCUGGAAGCACUUACGGCCUUAGCGGUGCCAAAUGGCACUACGCCGCCAAAGCUGCAGUCAUGACGAUGAUGUCCUCUUUCGGUGGCGGUACUGCAAGUAUUAUUUUCACGAUGGUGAAAUUACGCGGCCGCAUUGACGCUUUGGAUAUUAUUAAUGGCAUUCUGGGAUCUCUCGUGUCGAUCACGGCGGGUUGCUUUUUAUAUCAAGGAUGGGAAGCUAUAUUUAUCGGAGCCGUGGGGUCGUUUUUGGUAUGCGGAUCCAUGCCUCUGUUCAAUUUAGUAAAUAUUGACGAUCCUGUUGGUGCCAGUGCAGUACACGGAGUUGGUGGCAUAUGGGGUAUAAUCGCCGUUGGGAUAUUUGCCUCAAAUCCUUAUCCACUAGACACCACCGGAGGCCGAAAUGGAAUUGCUAAAGGAGGUGGUUGGUAUCUGCUCGGUGUGCAAACCUUGACCGUCUUCUGCUUCGUUACAUGGGGUUUAUGUUCCACCGUUACUCUACUAUGGAUAAUCAACAAAAUCGUGCCAAUUCGAAUGGCGGUACACGAGGAGCUGCUUGGAGCCGAUUUAACAGAACAUUUGGUCAAACAUCCGAAAGUAAAUGUGGGAGUGUCGCGAGCAUUGUCAGCAUUUCGACCAGUGUACGAUACAACAGAAGUUGAAAAUCUUGAAAAUGUUGGGAUGAAUCCUGGACACGAUAAACAUCUGAACACAGUUAAGUUUUUGGCCACCAAAAAGCACUACAGGAUGUCGAAGAUCCUUAAGGUCAUUACAAGUGAUCAGAACAUAGGAGUAAAAUUUUUGGACGGAAUUUUUAAAAAGAAACGCAAAUCCAAGACGGUAGGAAAGAAGGCGGCGAAACCAAGAUUGAGCUUGAACAACUUAAAGGUCUUUCAGACUCUCAAAGAAAGCAAUAAAGCCCCAAUGGCGUGGGUAAAUUAAAUUCACCAAACAACGCAAUAUAGUAUUAUGCUCCACAUAUGAAGAUUAAUAAAUGUUUAACAUAUGCAAAUGAAACUAUUGUUGUUUAUCCUAUU